AUGGCACAGCGACGGCGUCGGUCCGCUGGUCUGGGAGCCCACGGCACCGUGGGGCCGCCUCAAGCGCCUUUGACCAUGCUCUAUCAGUGGGCCUCCUCAGACGAACGGCGCGCCUUCCACUUCUUCCAGCACAUCACCGCGCCAUCCUUGUCCGGAGACCUCGAUGGCGUCUUCUGGCGCGUCUUGGUACUCCAAAUGUGCCAGUCCGAGCCGGCUGUGAGGCACGCAGUCCUAGCUGUCAGUAGCCUUCACGAGGGCAUGGUGCAGAACACCAUGAUGACACCUAGUAUGAAUGCUGAGGACCGAGCCUCGUUCGCCCUGUAUCAAUAUAACCGAGCCAUUGCGUGUUUGUUGGACCAGAUGCGCACCGCUGACGCGAGACCUCUGGUCCCUCUCCUUACAUGCGUCCUCUUCGUGUGCAUCGAGCUGAUGCAGAACAAAGACCGGGAAUCGUUGGAUCAUCUCAAGCAAGGACGGCAGAUUCUCAGUCAACUGGGGCGCAAAACGUUGAUGCGAAGCCCGGAGCUUGACCUCAUCAAGCAGCACCUCGUCCCGAUGUACACCCGGCUCAGCUUAACGUCGCUGAUGCUUAGCGGCGAUCCCGUAAUGAUACCAACGCCACUCAAGACGCUGACCGAGGUGCCCCUCAUGUUUGAAACCAUCGAUGAGGUCCGGUAUGUCUUCUACGACUUUAUGGAAGAGUGUCUCCGGUUCGCCAAAAAGUCCCACGCAGCCAAGAUUGGCGAGAUACCCUCAGAAGACAUGCGAGCCUUCGAGAAUGAGCAGGACUAUCUGCUGAGGAAGCUUGCCAAGUUCAAGGUCGCCUUCUCCCUGUUCCGCGCGGCAAAAGGCCGGGAUGGGCCGCCAGGCAGCAUCGCGCUGUUACAAAUCCACAUGCAUACAACCUUUAUCUGGGUUUCUACCGCUCUCAGCAGGCACGAGACGGUAUUUGAUGACCAUGUCGACACAUUCUCCGCCAUCAUUCCCCUUGCAACCGAGUUUAUGAACGCGCUUGCAGCCGCUCCGCCCAUCAGUGAGCAGCACACUGGGAGUAGACCAACAAGCUCCGUGCCCUCCACCACUGACACACGUCGUCUCUCGGCCAUGUUCACUUUUGAGGUCCAUGUGAUCGCUCCGCUCUAUUUCGUCGCCGCCAAGUGCAGGCAUCCCGUGAUUCGCCGGGCAGCAUUGCAUCUCCUCCGACGCAACCCUUCGCGGAGAGAGAAUCUGUGGCGCGCGAACGUCAUGGCUGCCAUUGCGGAGCGGACAAUGAGGCUCGAAGAGAAGCACCUUCGUCCCCAGCAUACAGAAAGCCAGCCGCAAUCACAAUGCGUUUCGCCACGUGAGCCGUCAGCACAAUUUCCCUACUCUUUCGGGCCGGGGGAUGCUUGGGCUUCCAGCCUGCCCGAUACCCCAUUCCCGGAUAGCUUCUUCCGGGCUGACCUGGGAGAAGCGGCCGUAGGAGGCAGCGGUACACCAUUCUUUAACACCUUCGAUGCCGGUCAAAGGCCGCCGGCGACGACAUCCUACCCUUCUUCCUCUGUUACCACAGGAAGCAUAGAUGCUCCAACCAUAGACCACCUAGGCGGCAUCUUAUCCAGUCACACGCCCAUCGACCCAAACCUCUUUUUCGACGCCACCGAGGUGUCAUCCACGGCGCACUCGUUCAGCGUCGCGCCGUCGACUGCCUCCUCGCUAGACGACAUCGGCGGCAUCGCGGCUCCGUCGGCAUCCCCUUAUAUCAGCGGACGCGGGCCGCGACCAGCGGCAUCUGCGGAGCAAGCUCCCGAAAUGUGGGGCGCUGUGUCGGCAACUCACGCGCCGCCGGGCAUUGCCCUUGAGCCGCCCACGCCCGUGAACCAUUCCUCCUUUGCCAUGUCCUUGACGCUGCCAACGCCCCACCCACACCCUCAACCUCAUCCUCAGACGCACCAGCGAGCGCAAUCACGGCAAACGUCGUUGGGAUCCCCUUCUAUAGGGUCUGAGGGGUCUUCCCCGUCCCUCCACGCUGCCGAGGGAGUGGAAAGCACGGAUAUGGAAUUUGAUUUGCAAGGGACAGGGGGGAUUGGCCCUGGGCUGGACCUGGGCAUUGACCUAGGACUGAACCUCACGGGCCUGCUGAGCCCGACGGCGACCGUCUCGCGGAGCGCCGAUGCACCGUUUGAUGUGCCUGAGCGAUUCCGCGGCCAGAUUAUUUCCGCGCGACAAGCCAGUGAUGGUUGUCUUUCUCCGGCACUGCGGCUGUCCUUGAUUGUCGAGGUUGGCGGCGAAUGGGACGUCCAGGUCGUGGUCAAUCCGCAGCGCGACCUCUUCGCCGCGUGGGGCCUGGGCACCAGCUCGACGUGGUAUGCCUAUAACCCGUGGACGGUGUGGUCUACUAUCCAGUUGCAAAAGAAGGAGAGGAUAGCCACUCGUGGGGAGCAGAGCGGCAGCAAAUGGCAAAUUGGUGGCGCCUUUGCUGUUGAUGCGAACGGGUUUGUCCGCUGGUCGAAGCCCGCAGCCAGCGCAGACGAGGUGCCCAACUUUGAGGAAGCUUUGAAGGCACUUGCAGAAUGGAGGGGACUACCGUAG